CCUCUCUGAAGCAUUGGCUGGCAAGCCUCGUAGGCGCGUCGCAUCGAUCCGUCCCUCCCCAAUCUUCCUAUCCAUGCGCAAGAAAAUGUCCUAAUAACUUUCUGACGUUUCAACAAAAGUUGUGGAAGUGCCCGUGAUCCCGGCACCCAACGGAUCACAACCUAUCAGAGUAUAGAAAAAAGAUAUGAUCAAGUUGACGGUAGAUUUUGAUUGGUAUACCUGCGGCUUCAAAGUUGGUCGUGUGAUGGAUGAGAGGUUUCCCUUGUCGGGAGGUGGCUUCAAAUUGAUGAAUCAACGACGCCCUGGGGGGCCGACAACCGUGGGAGAGGCGGAAGCAUCGCAAUUUUCCGCCACUCCUGCAACUUUGCCGCCGACCGCAACACUUACGACAACAACUCAGUCAAUACAGGCUCUGACUACAACGACCUCGUCUUCCACAGUUGCUGAUACCACUGCUGGCCCUGGCAGCAGUACGACCCCUAGCGACCUAGACACAUCACCGACUCAUUCAUCAACAGCGGGCAUCGACGCCGAGAAGGACUCAGGCACCAAAAACGGAGGAGGAGGUCUAAGUGCCGUGGCCAUGGCUGGAAUUGGAGUUGGUGCGGGCGUUGCGGUCAUCGCGGUUGCCGGCCUGUGGUUCUUGUGUUACUGGAGGGGAAGGAGGAAGGCGCUGGCUACGGCUGCCGCUACCAGUCAUCAGCAGCAGACGGAAGAAGAGCAGAGGAAGGGAGAUGUCAUCAAAACGCCAGGAAGUGGGACGCAGCAGUCGCCGUCUUCCUAUUAUGGGCAGGAGCACUUUGGAAAGGAAGAUAUCAAGGGAAAGCCGCAACUGUCAGAGCUGGGGGCCGUGGAAACUGGAAGGCAUGAGGUAGAUGGAGGGGGUCACGGUUGGCAGAAUAGGGUUGAACUUGCUUGACCACGGGACAUGUUUCAAUGCUUGGUGACGGGAAAC